AUGUCGCCAAAUGCUCCACCCCCCAGCAUGAAUCCAGCGAACAAUCGGUCAGCCCCCAAACAGGGCACUCAAGAACUGCCAAGUCGACCUGGCUCAGCAGCCUCGGUGGCUUCUUCCAGAGCCAGCUUCCGCAUCCCGGGCAUUCAGGCUUUGGCACCGAACGCUUCUCGACAGUCAACGCCGUCAGAUCCCAGCUUCGUGAUGCCUGCCUCUUAUGUUCGUCUAUUCACCCCAGAUACGGACGCGCAGGCUACAUCGCAGUCUCGAACUCUUCACAUGCCUUCCCGCCAGAAUGUAGACUGGCUCAACACGCGUAGCGCCCCGCCGCCCAGAGAGUUUCUCGAAAGAUCACAAACCCCUCGAGAACUUCCACGGCCUCUCCAAGCUGAUCAGCGGCCUCACAACCAGGGACAAAAUGCUGCGCCUGAAGUUCUUCGUCAAUCGGGCCCACCAGACGAACCGCUGCGUCCCUUUACCGCCUCCUCCUACCAUCGAUCCAGGCUUGUCACCGCCGACGGUUCGUCCGGCAACUACAUCUGUGCCGUCCUUGAAAAUCGCGGAAUCGGCCGCGAAGUUGGCAUUGCUUCAUUGGAGCGGGACACAGGCAUGUGCGUGAUCACCCAGUUUGCAGACACGCCCACUUACGUCCGUACCAUCCAUCACAUGUCGCUCUACCCGCCGAGCGUGCUCCUGGUUCCGGCUUCAGGCGUGGCCUUUCGCACCGGACCAUCCUCCGCGUCGUCUUCACGCGCAUCCAAGCGUAUCAAGAUCCGGGAUCAAGGAGCAAGCGAGCCAGACCUUGAAGAUGCUCCAACGUCAGACUACAGGAAUGGCACUUCCGUCCUGAUCCGCUGCCUAGAAGAGCUCUUCGACAUCCAGGCUUCUCCCAUCCCGCGCAGAUCCUGGGAUUACCAAGAGGGCGCACGCUAUCUCGAUCGCCUCCUGGUCGAUGACAUUGACCAAGCGAAUGAAGCCAAGGAGAUCGAUCACAGGCUAUCAUCGCGCGACCGUCAGAUUGCUCCCCUUGCCAGUCAAGAAUCAGAGCGUCCUGCAUCGUCGCGUCCUCAGACGGGCCUUGCUUCGCUCGACUCCAGCGCAAAGGCCUCGACGCGAGCAGCGAUUCUCGUGGCGGUCGCCGACAAGUAUUUCCUUCUUUCGGCAGUGGCCGCACUAUUCGA